CCAUGGGGGAAUCAAGGGUGCCCCAGCCUGUCACUACUUUUAGCUCUGUGCUGCUGUGGGCAGGGCUGUUGUGCCUAGCUUCAGCUGUGAGGAGUAAUGGUCCACCAAGUGCAUUACUGACACUGGAACCCCCAUGGAUCAAUUUGCUCCAGGGGGACAAUGUGACUUUGAAGUGUGAAGGGUUGCAAACCCCUGGACAUGAAUCCAUUGAAUGGUUCCACAAUGGAUCAGCUAUGUCCUUCCACCAGGACUCCUAUACCAUUCCAGCUGUCAACCUGAAGGACAGUGGUGAAUACCAAUGCCGGACAGAACAAACUUCCCUCAGCAACCCUGUGCAAGUACAAGUCACCAGUGGUUGGCUGCUACUCCAAGUGGCAAGCCUGGAAUUCAUGGAAGGUGAUUCUACAAUCCUGAGGUGCCACAGUUGGAAGAACAAACCUAUACAUAAAGUCACAUACUACCAUAAUGACAAAGCCUUAAAGUAUUCUUAUGAAUGUUUUGACUAUAUCAUCCCUCAAAUGAACUAUACUCACAGUGGAUCCUACUAUUGUGUAGGGCAUAUAGGAAAUAAUAUCCAUACAUCUAAAAUUGUCAUGAUCACUGUCCAAGGAGGGAAGUGGAGCAUCAUAAGAGGAUUUACCAUAGUAUUGGCCCAGGUAGUUGUAAUUGCUGUGAUUGCUGCUGCUGCCGCCCUUUAUUACUACAAGAGACACAGGAAAACAGUGAGCAUUCCUGAUGAGAUAAAAAAGAAAGAGGUGGAGAAUCCAGUCUCCUAUUCACUUUUAAAGCACAUAGAUGCCUAAAAGGAGGAGGAAUGAGGAUGCCCAUCAAGUUAUCAGUACCAAUACGUACAACCACCUCUACCCCUCCCAAAGUGUCCCUAUCCUGCUCGCUCCCUCUGGUACCAGGCUGAAAGAGCUGGUAGACCUAAGACUGGGGACCAGCUGCUUCCUGAGCCAACUUUGUCAUUCAAGGAAAACGGCUUUGAAAAUCUCUUUUGCACAUGUCUGCAUGAUUUCUACAUUGCUUUAAAAGAAUCAAAGGCAACUGAUUGCCAGUGUUUACACUGCUUGUCUAUGCUGCCCAAUCUUGAUGAUUUCAUACCCCGAAUGACUUUUGCACAAUACUAUGGGCAAUCCAAAACAUUUGUUUCUCUUUAGAGGAAUUUUCUUGAGACUGUUCCCUCACUAGGGUAGGCCUUGGAUCUGGUGGUAGCUUUCUCUGUCCAUAAGUGUUGGAGUUGGAGCAGGAGAUGCUUGAGCAUGGCUCUCCUUAGGGGAGAAUGAUCUUAAAGUGAUGAAAUGGGGUGUUUCUCUACCAUCUAUCUCCUUCCUCAACAGUCCUCACUGCUUUGUGUUGAAAUGGGCCCCAGCUUGUGUUUUAUGAAUCCCACUUUGGUUUUUAUACCAGUCAUCUCUACCUGUGCUUUCCUUUAAAGUUUUAGAUAGG